GGGCACGUACAGCCUGGGCAAUUGGUCCGUGGGCUGUGGAGGCGUCGUGUCGCCGGGCCUGUGAGGGCGGCGCGGGGAGUAGCGGCCCUGGACCAUGGACGGCUCCUUCGUGCAGCACAGCGUGAGGGUUCUGCAGGAGCUGAACAAGCAGCGGGAGAAAGGCCAGUACUGCGACGCCACCCUGGACGUCGGGGGCCUGGUGUUCAAGGCGCACUGGAGCGUCCUCGCCUGCUGCAGCCACUUCUUCCAGAGCCUCUACGGCGACGGCCCGGGGGGCAGCGUCGUCCUCCCUGCCGGCUUCGCGGAGAUCUUUGGUCUCCUGCUGGACUUCUUCUACACGGGUCACCUCGCUCUCACCUCGGGAAACCGCGAUCAGGUGCUGCUGGCAGCCCGGGAGUUGCGAGUGCCGGAGGCCGUGGAGCUGUGCCAGAGCUUCAAGCCCAAGACUGCGGUGGGACAGGCGCCGGGCGGCCAGAGUGGGCUGGGGAGGCCCGCUGCCCGUCUUCAGGAGCCAGCGGGCUUGCAGGAAGAGGACAUUUCCAGGACGCUGGGCCUAGUCCCCAGGGAGCAAGAGCCCGGAGGCAGUCACAGCCCCCAGACACCCCAGCUCCACCCCCCUGCUCAGAGUGACAGCCCCUCUUUCCUCCGUGGGAAAUUCAAGCAGGCCUUGAACCCUGGUGUCCCGGAGGACAAGCUGCCCGAGGACUGCAGAGUGCCCCCUAGGCCCUUUGAGGCAGAAGGUGGCCAGCUGCAGGGCGAGAGUAAUGAGUGGGAAGUGGUGGUUCAAGUCGAGGACGAUGGUGAUGGCGACUACGUUUCUGAGGCUGAGCCCGUGCUGACCAGGAGGAAGUCCAGUGAACUCGGAAAGCCCUGUGCCGCCGAGCCAGCCCUGGGCACCGACUCCCUAGCGGUGGAGCCUGCUGGCAACAGGAAAGGUGCGGCGGCGCCGGUCGAGUGCCCCACGUGCCAUAAGAAGUUCCUCAGCAAGUACUACCUGAAGGUGCACAACAGGAAACACACUGGGGAGAAGCCCUUCGAGUGCCCCAAAUGUGGGAAGUGUUACUUUCGCAAGGAGAACCUCCUGGAGCACGAGGCCCGGAACUGCAUGAACCGCUCGGAACAGGUCUUCACGUGCUCCGUGUGCCAGGAGACCUUCCGCCGGAGGAUGGAGCUGCGGGUGCACAUGGUGUCCCACACGGGGGAGAUGCCCUACAAGUGCUCCUCCUGCUCCCAGCAGUUCAUGCAGAAGAAGGAUUUGCAGAGUCACAUGAUCAAGCUUCACGGAGCCCCCAAGCCCCAUGCGUGUCCCACCUGUGCCAAGUGCUUCCUGUCCCGGACGGAGCUGCAGCUGCAUGAGGCCUUCAAGCACCGUGGGGAGAAGCUGUUUGUGUGCGAGGAGUGCGGGCACCGGGCCUCCAGCCGCAAUGGGCUGCAGAUGCACAUCAAGGCCAAGCACAGGAACGAGAGGCCGUAUGUCUGUGAGUUCUGCAGCCACGCCUUCACCCAGAAGGCCAAUCUCAACAUGCACCUGCGCACGCACACAGGCGAGAAGCCCUUCCAGUGCCACCUCUGUGGCAAGACCUUCCGUACCCAAGCCAGCCUGGACAAGCACAACCGCACCCACACCGGCGAGAGGCCCUUCAGCUGCGAGUUCUGCGAGCAGCGCUUCACUGAGAAGGGGCCGCUCCUGCGGCACGUGGCCAGUCGCCACCAGGAGGGCCGGCCCCACUUCUGCCAGAUCUGCGGCAAGACCUUCAAAGCCGUGGAGCAGCUGCGCGUGCACGUCAGACGGCACAAGGGGGUGAGGAAGUUCGAGUGCACCGAGUGUGGCUACAAGUUCACUCGGCAGGCUCACCUGCGCAGGCACAUGGAGAUCCACGAUCGCGUGGAGAACUACAACCCGCGGCAGCGCAAGCUCCGAAACCUGGUCAUUGAGGACGAGAAGAUGGUGGUGGUGGCGCUGCAGCCGCCUGCGGACCUGGAAGUGGCUUCGGCUGAGGUCAUCGUGGAGUCCCUGGCCCAGGGCGGUCUGGCCUCUCAGCUCCCUGGCCAGAGACUGUGUGCCGAGGAAGGCUUUGCUGGCCCCGGUGUCCUGGAACCGUCACUCAUCAUCACAGCAGCCGUCCCUGAGGACUGUGAUACGUAGCACACCCUGUCUGCCAAGGCCCACUCAGCCCCAGACCCAAUAAACACGUGGUUUUGGACUUGAUCUGUCGAUGGUCUG